AUGUACUCACUCUCAGCUUUAACGGGAUUUGCUUUAGUGCUAACAGCCUCUGCUAUGCCUUUUGAUCUCCUCGGAGAACCCUUAUUUAUUGAUCCCAACCUAAUCGCUGCCUGUCAGCCAAUGGAUGCUCCUGUUAAUGGUCGCGUAGACUGUGCAUACAACUAUACUAAUCUGACAUGUACUGCGUCCUGUGGGAAUGGAUUUGUAGGUGAUGCUGCCAUGAUGUCUAGAACAAUGGUCUGUACCUACAACAAGCCAUUUGAUAUGGCUGGAUUCGGAGCUUGUCGUAUGGCUAUUCCAACCCUGGCCCCAACCUUGCCAUCAGGUGUCACAAACUCUCCAGUUGUCGUCAGCACUGGACGUUGUAUCCACAAUGUUUUGGAGUGUGGAACGGACGAGGGAGAUUUCCAGGCCUGUACGGAUUGUAGAAAAUACGUGACCUGUUCCGUCAAUGGAGCUACUUUGAGAGACUGCCCAGCGAAUCUUAUGUGGGAUGAUACCAAGAAGGAUUGUGAACAUGUUUCAUCUACCUAUGUUAGCAAUACUGACAUCGUCUACACACUUCACCCUGGUCACAUCCCCGGCAACGUGACGUAA